GACUGAGUGUCAGCGAGAAACAGCUGGAAGAUCUGAAGACAGAAAACACAGUUUUGAGCGUCAGACUGAAUGAAGCUGAUGGUCGUCUGCAGCAGCUCCAAAACACAAACUCAGAGCUGGAGGUCAGACUGAGUGUCAGCGAGAAACAGCUGGAAGAUCUGAAGACAGAAAACACAGUUCAGUCUGUCCAACUUUCCUUGAUGGAGUCACAACUGAUAGAGACUCACAAUAACACUACAGAGCUGGAGGUCAGACUGAGUGUCAGCGAGAAACAGCUGGAAGAUCUGAGGACAGAAGACACAGUUCAGUCUGUUCAGCUUUCCUUGAUAGAGUCCAGACUGACAGACAGCUGCAACAACACCACAGAGCUGGAGGUCAGGCUGAGUGUCAGUGAGAAACAGCUGGAAAAUCUGAAGACAGAAAGCAAAGAGCUUGAGGUCAGACUGAGUGUCAGUGAGAAACAGCUGGAAGAUCUGAAGGCUGAAAACACAGUUCAGUCUGUUCAGCUUUCCUUGACGGAGUCCAGACUGACAGACAGCUGCAACACCACCACAGAGCUUGAGGUCAGACUGAGUGUUGGUGAGAAACAGCUAGAAGAUCUGAAGACAGAAAGCGAAGUUCAGUCUGUUCAGCUUUCCUUGAUGGAGUCCAGACUGACAGACAGCCACAACAACACCACAGCUCUGGAGGUCCAACUGAGGUCCACUGAGACACAGCUGGGACAGCUGGAGAAUCACACUGCAGCUCUGGAGGUCAGACUGAGUGUCAGCGAGAAACAGCUGGAACAUCUGAUGGCUGAAAACACAGUCCAGUCUGUCCAACUUUCCUUGAUGGAGUCACAACUGACAGAGACUCACAGCAGCACUGCAGUUCUGAGCGUCAGACUGAAUGAAGCUCAAGAUCGUCUGCAGCAGCUCCGAAACAUAAACUCAGGUGGUCUGAAGGUGGCAUUCUCAGCUGGACUGACUGAUUCAGGGUCAGUCGGACCGUUCAACGAACAGACGACUCUGAUCUUCUCUAAAACCAUCACCAACAUCGGCCAAGCUUACAACCAGACCGCAGGUGUGUUCACAGCUCCUGUCCGAGGACUUUACUUCUUCAGCUUCACGGCUGCAGAUUACCUGAAGGGUUACAUGGGACUCUACCUGUACAGGAACAACCAGCCAAUCAUCUUCAGCCUGGACCUCAACGACCAUGGCGGCUACGCCUCCACGUCCAAUGGCGUGGCUCUGCAGCUGGAGGAGGGCGACGGCAUCCGCCUCAGCCUGCCCGCCAGCUACCGUCUCUACGACGACUCCCGAAACUUCAGCGUGUUCUCGGGUUUCCUGCUGUUCCCCCUCUGAGGAGAAGGACCGCCGGAUCAGGGGACAAGUGAGACGUCCUCUCAGCAACAAAGUGUCCUCUCAGGUAUAGGACUGGCUUCAGAGACUGGACUUCUAUUUUGGUAAAGUGAAAGACUUCCUGAUGUACUGAUGAUGUCACAAUAAAAUAAUGAUGUUUACAUCGAUGAAGCUGAUAAAAACAGGCUUUGUACGCUCAUGAAAGACACAGAAAAGUCAAGGAGUUUGCACUUUUCCCAGUCCUGGAAAAGUUUCAGGAAACUAAAUAAACAUAAGUCCUGGAUUUUUUUCCCGUAAGCAUGUAAUGUCACAUGAUGUGUUUAAGGACCACUGGAAAUUUGAAAAUCAAACUAUACUUCAAAUGAACGUUUCUUGAAAAUAUUUAAAGAAAGAAAAAAAAAAAAAUC